AGUGUGCGCACGCGUUGCGCAGAGCUGACGCACAUGAGCACGUUUCAUUUGCUGACUAUUGUCAUGUUAAACAUUUUCGGUUGCUAGACGACAAUAAUGCACAUUACACCCGUGCAGCGAAGAGAGACGCGAAACGACGCUGAGCAAUAUUAUUGCGUUUACUCCGUAGCUUUUACACACAAUUCCGACGUAGGAUCUGCUACUUUUCUUAACGGCGACAUCAGGAAACAGCUGCAUCUUGAGAACUUCUUAAGACCCCCUACCCAUGUCAAUGCUCAUUUAUGCUGUUUUAUAUUAGGAUUGAUACGACUCUUUGACAUGAGAAAAAUAAGAUUUCCUGCUGCAUCAUAAUAGCCUACUCGGACAUUACAGGUCGUACCUCCAUGAGAAAGUAUUAUGGUCCUCCUAUUGUCUGUAAAAGAUGAUGAUAAAAUAAAAACAAGCCAUCACAAAAGCUAUAAUGUCUGUAGUAGCUGGAGAACUUGUCACUGAAGAGGAGGUGGAGGAUCUGGCAGAGGACAGCCUCUGUAGCAGCUAUGUGUCCGACACUGAAAAGAAAUCAAGAAAAAAGAAAGUUUCAGGCAGACCACCUCCUUCUCCUAGGUCACCAUAUCUGAACAGUGCAAACUUGCAUCUGAAGAGAGCUCCAGUAGCAUCGUGGAGGACAGUGAAAGGGACACAGCUCCAAAACUAUAAAACCUCUCCAGCUGGUACACCGAAGGACGUCUGGCUGCACUUACAGAAUGAUGGACAUGGGACAUUGUCAAAGUCUCCAAAAGGUGCGGAUUACAGUGUCACACAGACCAGCAUCUCAAUGACCAGCACACCCGAAUACUUGAAGGAGGCCUUAGGAAUGAAAAAGCCAAAAUAUUCCCGCUCUGCAUCCAACGGUUAUGUUCCAGGGACCCCAGACUACAAAGAUAAGGAGGAAAUGUAUGAUGAAAUAAUUGAUCUAAAAAAGACCAUCCAGUCUCAAAAGGCUGAAUCGGACAAGAUGAAAGCCAAGCUGCGGCGUCUUGAAGAAGAAAGCACUAAAAAAGACAGACAAAUUGAACAGCUGUUGGAUCCAGUGAAGGACCCAGAGUAUGCUAGGGGUUUAGUGGACAGAAAGACUGAUCCUAGAUCGAUCAUUAACGGACUGAAACAGAGGGUUUUACGAUUGGAGCAGCAGUGCAAAGAAAAAGAGAAUGCCUUAAGUCAGCUUCAGGGUGACCUCAAAACUACCAACAUGCAGGAAAUGAAGAUCACUGUGGAAACCUACUUCGAAGAGGUUCAAAGAUUGCAAGCACUUUUAGAGUCAACUGAAAGAAGUUAUAAGGCAGAUAGCAAAAACAUCAGGCGGCAGAACAAGACCCUUAGUGCAACGGUUCUGAAACUCACAAACACUGUUCACCACCUGGAGAACGAGAACCAGGAACUCAAAAAAGAAUUGACACUGGAAGAGAUGAACAUGAUGGACAGCCCUGCAUGCCGAGCCAAGGGUUAUAUGGAUUGGAGUAAACAGAGACUUGUGCGCCGAAUCCUGGAGCUUGAAAAGAGAGUUGAGCAGAUGAAGAAUCUUCAGAUCACUAAAGUAUCAGACUCACAGAAGAGCCCAGACAAUAAAGGCACUGAGUCAGAAUCGUCCAAUCAGAGUGAUUCUGUCAACACAGAGAUGGAGCCAUCUGUGAUUAAAGAGAAUGAUGUGCAUUUGAGGGAAGCAGUUAAGAAGCUUGGAAAAGAGAAAAAGGAACUACAGGAAAAACUAACCCAGAGAGACGAGGAGAUAAAGCAGUUGUCUGCUGAGAAGGAUACAAGUCUGAAAGAGGUAGAAAACAUGCUGAAGGAACAAAUCAGAGAGCAUGAGGGACUGAUGCAAACACACAGGCAAGAGAUGGGUGCACUGACCAUAGAAAUCAGCCGUUUAAAAGAGAAACUAGAGGAGGAGAGAAACUCAGAUCAGUACAAGACUCAAGUUCGGGACAGUUCUUUGUCAUUAACACUCACAGAACCAUUGUCGUCGUCAGCAGUCGUGCCGAUAGAGAAAAACAGAGCAGCUAAAAUCAUCCAGACGCACUGGCGCUCACACCGAUUACGGGAUCUAGUACUUUUACAGUCCUGUCUCAGAGGGCAUCUAAUCAGGCAGAGGCAGUUAGAUGGACAGAGUCAAGCAGACCCAAGAGCUGUCCCUGCUGCCACGAGCCAAUCAGGUAUGAACGCUCAGGCUGUACAGGAAGAGGAAGUGACUCUGCUGCAGUCUGUCUUUAGGGCUCAUCUCAAACGCACCACUCUGACUAUAGACAGGGCGUCUGCAGUGACACAGUCUGCAUCUUCCAUACAUCAGAAAAAGCCGUAUCUCUCCACUCCUCCACUGCUGCCCAGAGGCUGCUCACAGGCUGUGUUUACUAACAAAAUACAAACCUCAGACCUGAUGAUCCACCAACAGCAACCAGAAAUACCAAACACCGUCGAUUCAGAUGACUCUGAUGACAUCAUUGUGUCUCCUUCAAAGCCGCUGAGAAAAAGAGACAAAUGCUGAAGUCCAUGCUAAUGGCUUGAUUCAGCUUCUUUUUUACUAUUUGGACCAGUUUUUUCUCUCUUAACUUGGAACACACACUAUUACCUGAGCAACCUAAAAAAAUGUAAUUGACUAUAUAUGGGCAAUAAUGACAAUAUACAGAGAAGAUCAUGAAUCAUGGAUGAUGGAUCAUUAUGGUUUUGUGAUUUUCACACUUUAUUAUUCUGUCAGGAUCUAAUUUUUUGACUUCUAGGAACUUCAAAUUUCAGAAGACGUGUCUUCACACUCCAAAAGUGCCUUGUGUUGAAUGCUUAUUUUUAAUAAGGAUCAGGGAUUUAAUAUUCUUCAUUUAUUUUCAUUGUAGAUCAAUAUACAUAUUGUAUAAAGUAUAUUUAAGCCAUCGUGUGCAUUUAAGGUACGCCUCUAAAUGAUACAAAAAGUACUGUGAAUCUCCACAAAUGUGGGAGAUGUAUGCUGUAUAAGAAAACUUUGUUCAGAUUGGAGAAAAAAAAAGACAGUAAAUACUGUUUCACUUAAAUGUUGUCAGUGUGUUACGUUAUUAUAGUUGUAUCUGUAUAAAACCAAUAAUCGCACUGAAAAUGUGAUGCUGUUUUCCAAUUUUUUUUUUAAUGUCUUGUUAAACUGAUUUUGCUCGAAGAGCAUAUUACUUUUGUUGUGUCAUUGUUCUGGAAUUUUUGUUAAGAGUUUUCUUUAUUAAAAACUUGUUUU